CUUCCCCAUGUCAACUGACGGGGGGUUUCCCUCUAAGCACCAGGUUCUGGCUCUUUACGCUGUUGCAUUAGGUUGGAUUCUCAUUCUGAGAUAAUGGACAACAGUCCUCUGCAGGUGUUGACUGUCCCUACAGCCCCCUACCCCGACCAGAGACCCGGCACCAAUGGCCUGAGGAGAAAGGUUUAUGUAUUCCAGACCAGGAGGAACUACCUACACAACUUCAUCCAGAGUAUCUUCUCCUCCAUUGACCUACGUGACCGCCAGGGAUCAACAGUGGUGGUGGGGGGAGAUGGACGCUUCUUCAACCGAACAGCUAUUGAGGUCGUUGUGCAGAUGGCAGCUGCCAACGGGGUGGGUCGUGUCAUCAUUGGACACCACGGGAUAAUGUCCACACCGGCCAUCUCUUGUGUGAUCAGGAAAUACAAAGCCAUCGGCGGCAUCAUCCUCACUGCCAGCCGCAACCCCGGCGGACCUGAGGGAGAUUUUGGCAUUAAGUUCAAUACUGCAAAUGGAGGUAUGGUAACUGGAGAGGAGGAAGCAUGCAGAGGCAUCGGCCAAGUGAAAAAUAGUGUUACGAGAGAAGUUAACAAGGCUGUACGAGGCCUCAUUCAGAUAUGUGGCACGGAUACAGUUUGGGAGUUUGUCUGGACAUCAAAUCUGGAACAAAGUUCAAACACAGUGAAAAGAGCAACCAUGAAUAUUACCACCAGUAUACCCAAUGUGUAUAACUCAUCAGUUCAUGGAAAAUUAAAUAUAAUAUCAGAUUUUCUCCUCCAUCCAGGCCCGGCCAAGGAGGCUGUCACUAACAAGAUCUUUCAGAUCAGCAGGACCAUUGAGGAGUUUGCCAUCUGCCCCGGACUGCAAGUGGAUCUGACAACGCUGGGCAAACAGAUGUUUGAUCUGGAGAACAAGUUCAAACCCUUCACAGUGGAAAUUAUGGACUCUGUGGAAUCCUACGCGAACUUGCUGAGGAACAUCUUUGACUUUGCGGCUCUGAAGGAGCUUCUGUCUGGUCAAAACCACAUCAAGAUAAGACUCGAUGCCAUGCACGGAGUGGUGGGUCCGUAUGUGAGGAGAAUACUCUGUGAGGAACUGGGCUGCCCUGCCAAUUCUGCCAUUAACUGCGUCCCACUGGAGGACUUUGGGGGUCAACACCCAGAUCCUAACCUCACCUACGCUGUCGAUCUCAUUGAAAGCAUGAGAGACGGGCAGUAUGAUUUUGGCGCAGCAUUUGACGGUGAUGGGGACCGCAACAUGAUCCUCGGUAAGCACGGCUUCUUCGUCACCCCACCUGACUCUGUGGCUGUGAUUGCUGACAACAUCUUCUGCAUCCCGUACUUCCAGCAUACAGGGGUGAGAGGCUUCGCCCGCAGCAUGCCCACAAGCGCAGCCUUAGACAGAGUAGCCAAGGCGACAAAAAUAGAGUUAUAUGAAACUCCCACUGGGUGGAAGUUCUUCGGGAACCUGAUGGACGCAGGCAGGCUGUCUUUGUGUGGAGAGGAAAGCUUUGGUAUAGGUGGAGACCAUAUUCGUGAGAAGGAUGGACUUUGGGCCGUGCUGGCAUGGCUGUCCAUCCUGGCCACCAGACGGCAGAGUGUGGAGGAUAUUCUAAAGGACCACUGGCUAAAAUAUGGGAGGAACUACUUCACCAGAUAUGACUAUGAGAACAUAGACAUAGAUGCAGCCUGUGAGAUGAUGGAGGAUUUGGAGCUCAUGAUCGCAGACAAGUCCUUCGUGAAGCAGAGAUUUGCUGUGGAAGACAAAAUCUACCAAGUGGAGAAAGCAGACAACUUUGAGUACACAGACCCAGUGGACAGCACCAUCUCCAGGAACCAGGGUCUGCGGAUAAUCUUCUCUGAUGGCUCUCGGAUCGUCUACAGACUCAGUGGGACAGGAAGUGACGGGGCGACAGUUCGAAUCUACAUAGACAGCUACGAGAAGGAGCAAAUCUUUGAAGACACACAGGUGAUGCUGGCACCCCUGGCGACCAUCGCUCUGAAGAUUUCCCAGCUCCAUCACAGGACGGGUAGAAGCGGCCCUUCAGUCAUCACAUGAUUCCCCUUAUGUUACUCCAUCAUUGCUUAAGAAAUGCCUUUUUUGUGUUUUUUCCAGAUUUUUGUAUAAACUGAGCUUCAAUUCCAAGUGUAGCUGCACAACAUGCAGUAGUUUGCAUUUUAGGCUGAAAUAUAUUCAGUGAUUUUUCUCUGUUCCACAUUAAA